AUGAUUAACGCUACACAUGUUUCAUAUUUCACACUUGCUGCCUACUUUGAAGCCGGGAUUUUUAAAUACGUCUUCUUUCUAAUUGUUAUGUUGUUAUACAUGUUGAUUCUUUGCUCCAACCUCCUGCUGAUUGUGGUUAUCUGUGUGAACAGAAGCUUACAUGAACCUAUGUACAUGUUUCUGUGCAGCCUGUUUGUAAAUGAACUGUAUGGUAGUACAGGGUUGUUUCCAUUGCUGCUGCUUCAGAUCCUCUCUGACAUUCACACUGUUUCUGCUUCAGCUUGUCUCCUGCAGAUUUUCUGUGUGUACACGUAUGCCAAUGUACAGUUUUUUAAUUUAGCUGUCAUGUCCUACGACAGGUGCCUCGCUAUCUGUUUCCCUCUUCAGUAUAACACACGGAUGACUUCUGACAAAAUAGCCAUUCUCAUUGCUGUGAUAUGGUUACCCCCUUUUCUUGUGGUCCUUGUGGCGAUAAUGUUGAGUGCCUCUUUACAGCUGUGUGGGAACAUCAUUAACAAAGUGUACUGUGACAACUACUCUAUUGUGAAACUGGCCUGCUCUGACACAACAGUCAAUAACAUCUUUGGACUGAUUUACGUGUAUAUCUCAAAACUUGCUCUUGUAACUUUAAUCUGUUACAUGUACAUGAAGAUCCUCUACGUCUGUUUCUCUGGCUCUAAACAGACGAGACAGAAAGCUCUCAGCACCUGCACACCUCACCUCGCCUCUCUGCUCAACUUCUCCUUCGGGGCUUUCUUUGAAAUAAUGCAAAACAGGUUUGAUAUGAGCAGUGUGCCAAAUAUUCUGCGCAUCUUUUUGUCAUUAUACUGGCUCACAUGUCAGCCGCUCUUUAACCCUGUGAUGUACGGACUGAAUCUGACCAAAAUUCGCAUCAUAUGUAAAAGUCUUGUUUUUGGUAAAAGCUAA